CGUCCUUAUUUUUUGUGAAUGCCUUAUGAAGUCUAUGUCUAAAAAAGUCAUACCCCGUUGGCCAAUCCUUUCCAAGAUGUAACAGCUAAAAUCAAUGCUUCAUAAUUACUUUAUCCUUAUCAAAAUCGUAAGAUGAUUUGAUUGGAUUAAUUUAAUACACUGAAUGCAAUGCACCCUAGGAGACGAAGAACUGGUUCAGAAACAGAAACAACGGUUAUUGUAGGAGAUCGUGGUUCAUGGUCUCAACAAAAAUCCAACUUUUACAGUUACAGUAAUUAUGAACUUGAAGAUAAGCUAGAUAGUGAUAAUUUUAUAGAAGAUAUUACUGAACCGGAAGCUGUUAUGACUUCAAGGGAUAGAACAAGUGAAUUUGUAAAUACCAUAAGGUCACUACAAGGUCGCAAUAUUUCAAGGGCUGUUGCUGUAAAAGAUCCAAGGAAAGCAAAAGUGAUCCAGGGACAUUCAGAAUUUAUGCUCAUUGCAAGAAAUGUUGGAAAAAAUAUAGCUAACACUUAUGCAAAACUUGAAAAACUUACAUUGUUGGCUAAAAGAAAGUCUCUUUUUGACGAUCGUUCAGCUGAAAUACAGGAAUUAACAUAUAUCAUUAAAGGUGAUUUAAAUAGUUUAAAUCAACAAAUUGCCCAAUUGCAAGAUGUCUCCAAAAGCCAAAAACAAAGUGGCAAGCAUUUACAGUCUCAUGCUAGCAGUGUAGUCUUAGCUCUGCAAUCUAAGUUAGCAUCCAUGUCAACAGACUUUAAACAAAUUUUGGAAGUUCGAACAGAGAACUUGAAACAUCAGAAAAACAGAAGAGAACAAUUUUCACAAGUGCCCUUGAGUAGUAGUUUACCUCCUUCUACUGUUUCUGGGUAUCAUCAAGGUAGUGUUUUACUUCAAGAGCAGGACCAAGUUAGUAUAAAUUUGGAGAAUGCUCCCUUGGUUCCUAAAAGUACCCAGAUGCAGGCAGCUAUAUAUUAUGAUGAAACAGACAAUUAUUUACGUGAAAGAGCAGAAACUAUGCAAAAUAUUGAGUCAACUAUAGUAGAAUUGGGUGGAAUUUUCCAACAGCUAGCACAUAUGGUGAAAGAACAGGAAGAAAUGGUUGAAAGGAUCGAUACUAAUGUCCAGGACGCGGAACUUAACAUUGAAGCAGCUCAUGCUCAAAUUCUGAAAUAUUUUCGAUCAGUAACUAACAACAGAUGGUUAAUGAUAAAAAUAUUUGCUGUACUAAUUCUUUUCUUCAUAUUUUUCGUGGUUUUUGUUGCAUAAUGAAUGAGUUCAUGAAGAGUAAUUUUUUAAAUAAAAGUGAAUGAUAACAUUUAUAUUUCUUAAAAAAAACUUCGGAAAUUAAAUUACUCUUUUGAGAAAAUUGUUUUUCAAAGUUUCAACUUUAAAUAUAAUUAAACAUUCUGUAAUAUUAAAUUUUAAAACAUAAAGCACUCGUUAUAAAAAUGUUACGUUAUAUUCGUCUAUAUUUUAAAGUGAAUAAAUAGUUUUUUAAAAACCA